AUGGCUUCGGAUCCAAAGCUGAAGGCAGAGAUAGGUCCGGAUGGACUUGCAAAAGAAGCGCCAGUUAUUGCCUACACAGAGAAGGUCCAUGAACCGGAGACUAAAUCUGUACUAGACAGUAGCUCACCAGCAGCAGCCAAUGCUAAUCAGACUCACCCGGAAAAAACUGAAGGGAAGGAGAAGGGAGGUAAAGAACAUGGACAGAGACCAGCCACAGCGGAAGGAGAAUCAAAAUCGAGAAAGAAACCUCAGAUUCAAGGAAGGGGAAGAGGAACUGGAAUCAUGAACAACAAAGGCAGAGGAGGUUGGACUGGUGCUGGAUUCGAUGUCGACUGUAGAACUUAA